AUCAAGCACCUAGGCACGGAGACUGCUUCUACAAACAUUUGUGAAAGAAUGGGUCUCUCUCAGGAGCUCAGUGAAUUCAAGUGUGGUAUCUUGAUAGGUUGCCACCUGUGCAAUAAGUCCAUCUGUGAAAUUUCCUUGCUACUAAAUAUUCCACGGUCAGCUGUUAGUGGUAUUAUAACAAAGUGGAAGCAACUGGGAACAACAGCAACUCAGCCACGAAGUGGUAGGCCAUGUAAAAUGACAGAGCGGGGUCAGCGCAUGCUGAAGCGCACAGUGCGCAGAAAUCGCCAACUGUCUGCAGAGUCGAUAGCUAUAAACCUCCAAACUUCAUGUGGCCUUCAGAUUAGCACAACAGUGCAUAGAGAGCGUCAUGGAAUGGGUUUCUAUGGCCGA